AUGAGCUGGAGGUACAUCCCCACCGACCAGAACCCAGCGGAUGUGAUCUCCAGAGGAAUCUCAGUGAGGAAACUGUUGACCACCAAGAAGCAGCUGUGGCUGCAUGCCACCCCGUAUGCACUAGAGGUACAUCCAGAAAUUCAAGUAUGCGCAAUUCAGCAAGCGCCGACCAUCGACCACACUCUGCAUGAUCCUGACCCAGAAGAUUAUAUCCAGAGUUACAAGUACUGCAAUUCUUUCCGAAGGACCAGAAGGCAUUUCGCCUUAAUACAGCGCGCCAUAAGCAAUUUUAAGGCAAAAGCUACAAGUUCUAUUAAUUCUGAACAACUCCUACAAACCAUGACCGGCCCUCUAACUGUUGAAGAGCUGGAAGCAGGACUACAUCUAGUCAUCAAAAAUAUGCAAUCCGUCUGCCUAGGACAAGAGCUGAAGAGCAUCGGUUUACACGGCAUUCCUACAAAGCAGGGCCCCCUGCAGCACCUCAAUCCUAUGCUGGCAGGUGGCCUCAUUCGAGUAACAGGCAGGUUAAACUUAGCAGACUUGCCUGAAGAACAGCGACAUCCAAUAUUCAUUCCGAGGGAGCAUCCGUUUGCACGAAUCAUCCUUGUGCAUCUACAUCGCUCCAAUAACCACGCCGGUCUGGAAAUAGUCUUGGCCGAAUUUCAACGAAGCUAUUGGAUGAAGGGAUUGCGGAAAACAACCCAAUCCGUCCUUCAAAAAUGCGUACUCUGCGUACGGGCAAGGCCUCGCAGGGCGAAAAUGAGGCUUACCGUUUACGCCUGCCUGUUUGUGUGCUUUUCGACCAAAGCAGUGCAUAUCGAGGUGGUGGAGGAUCAAUCCACCGGGGCCUUCUUAGCCGCCUUGAUACGGUUUGUAUCAGUGCGUGGUACACCGGAGGUGAUAUACUCCGACAACGGCCGCAACUUCGUCGGAGCCAGCCGCGAACUUGCAGAACUGAGCAAAGUAUAUAACUCGGAGUUGUUCCAAAACGAACUCAUAGGGAUAGCAGCUGAGGAAGGAAUACGCUUUUCCUUCAUCCCUCCGAGAAGCCCUAAUUUCGGAGGUCUGUGGGAGGCCAACAUAAAAGUGGCCAAAAGACUCUUCACCGCAGCCGCUCGUGGAUCCAGCUUUAAUAUAUUGGAGAUUCAGACGGUGUUCUACCAAGUAUCAGCGAUAAUGAAUUCACGUCCGCUGACCUCAAUUUUCUCCGACGCCGGAGCUCCGGAACCUUUAACACCAGGGCACUUCCUAAUAGGAAGAGCCAUGACUACUAUACCCAUCCCGGCAAGCCACUUAGAACAGCAAAACUUAGUUAUGCGCUGGAAGCGCAUUCAACGCCAAACCGCACAAUUCUGGCGUAGAUGGCAAAAUGAAUAUUUGCAGCAUUUGCGCUGUAUCUUCAAGUGGACAAAAAGGCAACCUAACUUGAAGCCAGGUCAAAUCGUAUUGAUUGGAGACGAUAACAACCCCGUGGCAAAGUGGCCCAUGGGAAUCGUAACUCACACCAAACCCGGAAAGGAUGGAGUUGUGCGGGUAGCAACGGUACGCACAGCUUCAGGUAUCUACACACGAAAUGUUCGGGCUUUGGCACCACUGCCCAUCGACAUUACCGAAAGUCAAGUAGGCGAAUCAGUCGAACCAUCUCAAUUUGAUUCUUCAGAAAUAGUGAAUAAACCACACCAUGAAGUACGCGAGCAAGGGCCAGUACCUGAAAACGAAGAAGACCCACCACCCCUGGCUAUGAGUAGCAAUGUUUGGAGCGACAGACUUCGCUCCAAAGGGGGGAGAAAAUGGAGCGGUUAA